AUGAAUUCCCUGUUUUUCGAUUACCCGUGCAAGGGAGACGGGCGCGACGAGCGAGGAGCGGUGACGACGGAUCUCGCUUGGUGCAAGUCGGAGAAUCUUUUGGCCUGCGCCCUGGAUAGCGGGAGAGUGGCAGUUUAUCAAGAUGAGGGGGCUGAGGUUGUGGCGGCAUCAAUCGCAAGGGGAAACAGGCAGAGGGCGAGCGUCAUGGACUGGUCGCCGAGGGGGCGGCUCCUAGCGAUAGGCUGGGUGGACGGGCAGGUCUCGACAUGGAACGUGAUGGAGCCUCUACAGGAAGACACCUCUAUCUGCGCUUGCUCCAACCAGGGGGUUCACAAGCAGCCUAUCACCGUGGUGCUUUGGAACCCUUCGGGAACACGCCUUGUCACAGGAGACAAAGGAGGUGUGAUCUGCGUGUGGAAGGCGGAUGCAAGGGGAAACAUGGCCCCAUCGGUUCAGUAUCGGCGGAAGAACAGCGCAAUCACGGCGGCGGUCUUUUGCGGCAGCCCUUCGCAUUCCGCUGAUGCCCUAGCUCAGGCUUUUUCUCCGUCAUUUUUCUUUUCGACGGAGAGCGGGGCUGUCUGCUACGCGGACGACCUUGGUCAUUGCUCCGAGGUCCAGCAGCUCACCUCGCCGGUGGACAGGCUCAUGUUCUAUGAGGCUGCCCGGCGGCUCGUGGUCAUCACUCGGUCGCUCCUCAUGACUCAAUUACAGGUCGGGGAGGAUGGAAGGGUCAGUCAGUUCAUGAAGGUCAAGCUCUCUGUCUCAGCUUCGUCCGUGAGAGAAACUGGCCUUCGAGAGGUCACCUGGGCUGGGCCGGGUCUGCUCGCUGCUGCCACUGGCGAGGGCUUGGUGAGGUUCUGGGACCUUUCCUCGGCGAAAAACUACGUGCUCACGCUGCCGUCGGGGGGUCUAGACCGCACCGACAAGUCUACCUGUAUCAGCUUCGAUCCAAUCAGAAGAUAUUUGGCAGUGGGGUCGAUGUAUGGCUGCGUGGCGAUCUGGAAAUUCGUCGGCGAGUACGAAAGCGGGGUAGAAGCAAGCGACCAAGGCGACGAGCAGGGGGAACAGCCAUUGACUAAUGGAAAACAGGAAACCAACAAACAUGCCUCCGGAUGGAGUACCAAGUUUAACCGAAGAGGCAGCAAGACUGCCGGGGCGGAUCUGAAAAGGCCCCCGUCCCCCGGAGACUCGGGAGGACCCAGCGAUUGGAAAUCUCUGACCCCAACCACCCUCGAUAGUGCGGCGGUGGGCCUUCUUCGCUGGGGGGCGGCAGGGGGGGUGCUGGGGGCCAUCGGACGCGACAUGGUGGACGGGGCGCACGUUCUGGCGGAGACAGUGCUGCACCGCCAGCUCAGUGGCAACGUCGCGGUUGUGCAGUUCUCCAGCGAUACCCUUAGCAUCGAGUAUCAGAGAGAGGGGGAGGGGAGUGGUGGUGGCGGGGGCAAUAAACCGAUCAGCAGCGGUAUGGCAACAGCAACAAAGGGGGCCGCCAUCGAAGGGGGCAACUCUUCAACUGUGGAAGGAGAGCACGUGGUGCGGUGCGAUAUCACCAUCAAGGGCUUCCACCUGCAGGGCGACUCUCUUCUAGUACACAACAGCAAGCAGGCACAGCUGGUGAAGCUAAGAGGAGCCGGCCUGUCCCCGAAGAGAGGGGACCCGUGGCCGUGCCUGGCUCGGUCGGUCGCAGUGGACGAUGCAAGGGAUCAGGCUUUCGUAGCCGCUGGCUCCAGGGUGGAGAUUUACAACUUGAAGGGGGGUUUCAAGAGCGCCCUGGCGUUUACGGAAGCGGAGGGGAACCCCAUCUUGGUUUCCCUCUGCGGCUCUUUCUUGGCCGUUGCCACCGAUCGGGGAGUCAUCAAGCUGUACGACGUCUCCAAGCGGGCAAAGAUCGACGCGUCCACUCUACCGGUCCGACCGCUGGGCAACGCUGGAGCUUUCAAGUGUCCGAAGACAGGGAGCAGCCUUGGCGUGAUUCGGUCGAUUUCGUGUAACGCCGACGGGACAAGGGUCUCCAUACUCAGCGACAAGGUUCACGGCCAGUCCUUGAAGAUUCGGUUUCCGGACAGCCGUAUCCACGUCUACGGAUCCGACAAGGACUCUGUCGAGAGCUAUGAUUGGGGACCUGAAGGACGGUUUCCUACCGCACAUUUCUGGGACCCACAGGAACCAAGGUUGUUGGCUGUAGAGGCAAGACGCGCUACCGGUGGAAACGGUCGGGGUGCCCAGCAGAAGAAACUGUCCAGUGGCGAUGGCAGGGAAGAGAAGAAGAGCGGGGCUGAAGGGGAGGCCAGGAGAUGGGGGGACGACAAGUAUGGGGGAGAUUCAGAAGCAGCUGCAGCCGCAAGAAGCAGCGCAAGGGCGAAAGCGGCAAACCUGGGCGACUCGGGCCCUUGCGAGGCAGAGGUCACGACGUUGUUCGUAACGAGCGACUUCGGCAUCCUGAUGCAAGACUCCUUCCCUCUAGAAGAACCUUUGGAAGCCCUUCUUGGACUACAGAUUCCUCGCUUAUACUUCACAGCGCGAGGGGUACCCAUCCCUGACGAAAAGGAGAAGUCAGACAUUGCAGACGACGUCCUAGGAAGCGGAAUUCUGGUAGAUCAGGGAGGCGGUGUCGUGACGAGUGGAGUGGAUGGGGAGGGCGGAGGGCAGCUAGCAGGACGGCCGGUCUUGAUGUCGCGGGCCAUGAGGGACUUCGCAGGGCUCGACCAGGUGGACGAGAAGACUUCGGCGGCUCUGCUAGACUUUUCUCUGCAUCUGACGGUGGGUGACAUGGACAAGGCGUACGCCGCGGUGCGGCUGAUCAAGAGCGCCACCGUGUGGGAGAACAUGGCGCACAUGUGCGUCAAGACGCGUCGCCUGGACGUCGCGGAGCUGUGCUUGGGAAACAUGGGGCACGCUCGAGGGGCGGCAGCGGUCCGUCUGGCCAAGAUGGAACCCGAGCCGGAGGUAGCCGUAGCUCAGGUGGCGACGCAGCUAGGAUUGCUGGAUGAUGCCGUACGUCUGUACCGGGAGUGUGGUCGCUACGACCUCCUCAAUGGGCUCUAUCAGGCCUCUGGACUUUGGGAGCGGGCCCUGGAGGUCGCAGAGGCUAACGACGGGAUAAACCUUUCCACGACACACCAACUCUAUGCCCAGCACCUGGAAAAGGUGGGCGACACAGCCGGCGCCAUCCAGCACUACGAGCUCGCCGGCACUCACUGUGUGGAGGUGCCGCGGAUGCUUUACGAGCGCGGGAGGGUGGAGGAUCUAGAGGAGUAUAUCACUCAGGGCAACAACGUGCAACUGCUCAAGUGGUGGUCUCAGUACCUCGAGUCAAGAGGAGAGUUCGAAAAGGCCCGCAAAACCUACACCCGGGCGCAGGACUACCUGUCGUUGGUCAGGCUGGCCUGCCAAGGUGGACAGGUCGAGCGGGUGCGUCAUCGACAAGCGAUAGGGAUCGUGAACGAGUCGGGGUCGGCGCCGGCCGCGUACCACCUUGCGAGGCAUUUGGAAGCGGUGGGGAGAACGGCCGAGGCCGUUUCGUUCUACGCUCGAAGCAACCGUUUUAAUCACGCCAUCCGAUUGGCCAAGGACCACGGCAUGGACUCCGAGCUGAUGGGGUUCGCUCUCAAGAGUCGACCAAGCCUCAUGGUCUCCGUUGCGGACUACCUCCAAGACAAGGGCGAACUAGAAAAGGCGGUGCAGCUGUACCAGAAGGCGGGUGAGGUUACCAAGGCCUUAGACCUCUGCUUCCGGUCCGGUGCGGCAAGCGGAGAAGCAGAUCAGAAGCACGGGGGUGAGGGCGAGGGGGAGAGAAGCCCGGCAAUGUUUGAGGCGCUCAAGUCUAUGAUGGACGACCUUGGCUCGCACGCUUCUCCGCAGGUCCUUUCGCGCUGCGUGGAGUUCUUUGUCGCCAACGGGCAGUUCGAUAAAGCUGUGGGGCUGUGCAUCACCAACCGAAAGCACUUACAAGCCAUUGAGCUCUGUGUCGCACAUAAGGUACCCAUUUCAGAAGAUAUGGCGGAAGAACUCACCCCGAAAAAAGACGGAGGCGAGAGCGGCAACAGCGGUGGCAACGGUGGAGAGAGCGGUCGAAUGGGCGAAAGCAAGGGGGGAAUGGCAGAAGGCACUCGGGAGGACGUAUUAAGGGAGCUGGCGAAGGCGUGUAAGCGUCAGGGGAACUUCCACCUCGCCUGCAAAAAGUACACGCAGGCGGGCGACAGACUAAAGGCCCUGAAGUGCUUGCUGAAGAGCGGCGACACGAAGAGCAUUGUCUACUACGCCGGGGUCAGCCGCAGCCGCGACAUCUACAUCUUGGCGGCCAAUUACUUGCAGAACUUGGACUGGCAUGAUGACCCACAGGUGAUGAAGUCCAUCAUAGCGUUUUACACCAAGGCUAAGGCGCACUUGCAGCUGUCCGACUUCUACGACGCCUGCGCUCAGGUGGAGAUCGACGAGUACAGGGACUACGAGAAGGCUCUGGGGGCAAUGAACGAGGCCGCCAGGCAGCUCGCCAAGGCCGGUCCCGCAGGGGACAAACUGGCUCAGUUGAACAAGAGGGUUUUCCUCGUGGAAAGGUUUGUACAGGCGCGACGACUGGCGAAGGACGACCCUGACGGCAUGGCGGCUAUGUGUCAGCAGCUCUUGGCUAACGAUGACCUCGAGACGGCGAUGAGAGCGGGGGACGUCUUUGCGGCCCUCGUUAAUCACUUCUUCGAAAGAGGCAAUUGGCAGCAGUGCCACUCGCUCAUGGGAAGCAUGCGCGACAGAGGGAUCGUUCUGGAUCCGUACCUCGAUCAUGGAGUUCUGGCCAGGGUGUGCCAGGAAGUCGGAGUACCAGUCGAAGAGCUAGACCCUUCCGGCGCCGGUCUUGCACAGGCGGGUGUCGGUUUCGGCGACGACGCGGAGGAUGAAGUAGGUGAGGAGGACCUCCCAAUGGAAGAAGAGGAGGUGGCGUCAGACGCCGAGGGCGACUUCAACGGCGGGGACCAAGGAAGAUCCUACAAGUAG